UUCGAAGCCUUCACAUCCAUUGACCCAUCUCACCGUGGUCCAAAACGACGGAAACUCCUGUGUCUCUGACACGGUCCCUAUAUUAGCCUUUAAAUUAAGCGACAGCCCACGCAUCAAGCUCCAUCCCAGAAUUGCGGAAACCAACAACAAAGUAAACGGUAAAAGAUUGUCCACACUAUAUACACCUACGAAAUACUCUUUAUUAUUCGCUUUGUUCCUUAUUGAAGUCUCAGAAAGAAGAACAGAGGAACAAAAGGCAAACAAGAAAAAAAACAUGGGAAGCGAAGGUGGGACGGUGACUUUGAGAAAGCCCAGGUUUCUAUGCCUUCAUGGGUUCAGAACGAGUGGAGAGAUUCUGAAGACACAGGUGACGAUGAAGUGGCCCGAAUCUGUGACACAAAAACUCGACCUCGUAUACCUCGAUGCUCCUUUUCCUUGCCAAGGCAAAUCCGAGGUCGAAGGAAUUUUUGAUCCUCCUUAUUACGAGUGGUUCCAAUUCAAUAAGGAAUUUACGGAGUACACGAACUUUGAUGAAUGUCUUGCAUAUAUCGAGGAUUACAUGAUUAAGAAUGGUCCAUUUGAUGGACUCCUUGGUUUCUCUCAGGGGGCAAUAUUGUCAGCUGGGCUGCCUGGUCUGCAAGCUCAGGGCGUGACGUUCAAGAAGGUUCCUAAAAUUAAAUUCCUAAUAAUAGUUGGGGGAGCCAAGUUUAGGGCAGCAUCACUGGCUGACAAAGCAUAUUCUACUCCAAUUCAAUGCCCUUCCCUUCACUUUUUAGGGGAGACUGACUUCUUGAAGGAAUAUGGAAAGGAACUCUUGGAAAAAUGUGUAGACCCUGUUGUGAUUCAUCAUCCUAAGGGCCACACAAUACCCAGACUAGAUGAAAAGGGUUUGCAGAUUAUGGAGAGCUUCCUUGAGAGGAUUCAAAAGAUGGUAGAUGAGAAAGAAAUCAAAGAAUAGUGAAUAAUAAUAUGCUUUGGUAGCUGGGCAUGGCAGAAUAAAUGUGCUUUAUUAGUCAUCGACUCAUCGUGUUAUGCAAAUUCCCCGUUCUCUUUUUGCAUCUUCGGGGAUAAUCAGAUUGUCCUAUUUUGUAGUACCAUUAAGUGCUUGUUAUAGAUAGAUUCUUGACAUAUAUAGCACAAUCCAUUGAACUUUUUUUUUUU